GAGCCCGCACCCACACCCCAUGUCACCACCGCCAUCUCUCAAUGUCACCAUUGCGGCAAACGGUUCAGGAGCAAGUCGGUUUUGAAGAAGCACGUACACACUCACUUGCCUUUACAUAAUUCAACCGUAGGGGAUUAUGGUUUAGAACGACAUCAAAUGCUACACGGUGACAAAAAACUGUAUGAAAAGGCUUACAUGAUUAUACACACAGGCGAAAAGCCUUUCAGGUGUACAUACUGUGGCUACGAGAGUAGUAGAAAAUCUAAUUUACGGACUCACCUGACGACUCAUACAGACGAUAAGCCUUUCAGGUGUACACACUGUGACCACAAGUCUAGAACAAAGGCACACUUACGGACACACCUGAUGACUCACACAGACGAGAAGCCUUUCAGUUGUAGUCACUGUAGCUACAAGUGUAAAAGAAAAAGAGACUUACAGACUCACCUGAUUACUCACACAGACGAGAAGCCAUUCAGUUGUAGUCACUGUAGCUACAAGUGUAGAAGUAAAGGAGAGUUACAGAGUCACCUGAUGACUCACACAGACGAGAAGCCUUUCAGUUGUAGUCACUGUGGCUACAAGUGUAGAAGUAAAGCACAGUUACGGAAACACUUGAUGACUCACACAGACGAGAAGCCUUUCAGUUGUAGUCACUGUAGCUACAAGUGUAAAAGAAAAAGAAACUUACAGACUCACCUGAUUACUCACACAGACGAGAAGCCUUUCAGUUGUAGUCACUGUAGCUACAAGUGUAGAAGUAAAGUAGGUCUACAGAGACACCUGAUUACUCACACAGACGAGAAGCCUUUCAGUUGUAGUCACUGUAGCUACAAGUGUAAAAGAAAAAGAAACUUACAGACUCACCUGAUUACUCACACAAACGAGAAGCCUUUCAGUUGUAGUCACUGUAGCUACAAGUGUAGAAGAAAAGGAGGGUUACAGAAACACCUGAUGACUCACACAGACGAGAAGCCCUUCAGUUGUAGUCACUGCAGCUACAAGUGUAUAAGAAAAGGAGAGUUACAGAAACACCUGAUGACCCACACAGACGAGAAGCCCUUCAGUUGUAGUCACUGUAGCUACAAGUGUCGAAGUAAAGCAGAUCUACAGAGACACCUGAUGACUCACACAGACGAGAAGCCUUUCAGUUGUAGUCACUGUGGUUACAAGUGUAAAAGAAAAAGAGAGUUACAGCGUCACCUGAUGACUCACACAGACGAGAAGCCUUUCAGUUGUAGUCACUGUAGCUACAAGUGUAGAAGAAAAGGAGAUUUACAGAAACACCUGAUGACUCACACAGACGAGAAGCCUUUCAGUUGUAGUCACUGUAGCUACAAGUGUAGAAGAAAAGAAGAGUUACAGAAACACCUGAUGACUCACACAGACGAGAAGCCUUUCAGUUGUAGUCACUGUAGCUACAAGUGUAAAAGAAAUGGAGAGUUACAGAGUCACCUGAUGACUCACACAGACGAGAAGCCUUUCAGUUGUAGUCACUGUAGCUACAAGUGUAGAAGAAAAGGAGAGUUACAGAAACACCUGAUGACUCACACAGACGAGAAGCCUUUUAGUUGUAGUCACUGUAGCUACAAGUGUAGAAGAAAAGGAGGGUUACAGAGUCACCUGGUGACUCACACAGACCAUAAACCUUUCAGGUGUACUCACUGUGCCUACAAGUGUAAAAGAAAAGCACAAUUACGGACUCACCUGAUGACUCACACAGACGAGAAGCCUUUCAGUUGUAGCCACUGUGCCUACAAGUGUAGAAGAAAAGCACACUUACAGGUUCACCUGAUGACUCACACAUACGAAAAGCCUUUCAGUUGUACACGCUGUGUCUACAAGUGUAAAAGAAAAACACAGUUACGGAAACACCUGAUGACUCACACAGAUGAGAAGCCUUUCAGUUGUGCCCACUGUGCCUACAAGUGUAAAAGAAAAGCAGAUUUACAGUGUCACCUGAUGGCUCACACAGAUGAGAAGCCUUUCAGUUGUAGUCACUGUGGCUACAAGUCUAGAACAAAAGGAGAGUUACAGAGUCACCUGAUAACUCACACAGACGAGAAGCCUUUCAGUUGUUGUCACUGUAGUUACAAGGGUAAAAGAAAAAACGAUUUACAGAGACACAUGAUGACUCACACGGAAGAGAAGCCUUUCAGGUGUAGUCACUGUGGCUACAAGUGUAGAAGAAAAGCACAGUUACGGUCUCACCUGAUGACUCACACUGACGAGAAGCCUUUCAGGUGUGCGCACUGUGCCUACAAGUGUAAAAGAAAAGCACAAUUACAGAUUCACCUGAUGACUCACACAGACGAGAAGCCUUUCCGCUGUCGCCACUGUGACCACAAAUGUAGACAAAAAACAGAUUUACAAACUCACCUGAUGACUCACACAGACGAGAAGCCUUUCAGUUGUAGUCACUGUGGCUACAAGUGUAGAAGAAAAGGACAGUUACGGUCUCAUCUGAUGACUCACACAGACGAGAAGCCUUUCAGUUGUAGUCACUGUGGCUACAAGUGUAGAACAAAAGGAGAGUUACAGAGUCACCUGAUAACUCACACAGACGAGAAGCCUUUCAGUUGUUGUCACUGUAGUUACAAGGGUAAAAGAAAAAACGAUUUACAGAGACACAUGAUGACUCACACGGAAGAGAAGCCUUUCAGGUGUAGUCACUGUGGCUACAAGUGUAGAAGUAAAGCAGAUUUACAAACUCACCUGAUGGCUCGCACAGACAAGAAGCCUUUCAGUUGUAGCCACUGGCUACAAGUGUAUAGUGUAAGGAGAUUUUCAGACUCACCUGAUAACCAGUGAUCGGCACGACCCGUGCCGCAUGGUGUCAAUGACCUCAUUCAUUAUGUUAAUAUGGAUAUUCGCCGGGAUUGGUCAUAAACGCAAACAAUAGAAAACACGAUAGCGACCUUCGACAUGCCAGGUAGUAGUAGCCAGGUAGGGAAAAGGGUUUUUAUGCACUUCAAAUGAUUAAUAUUUUAACACUUAGGUACAUAUUUUAUAUGAGUGCACGUAAUAUUUUACGCAGUAUAAAAUAAAACCAACGUUUAUAUUUUCUUUAAUGAAAAAUGAUACAUUUUAUUAAUUUAUUAAAUAUUCUGACUUCUAUUUACAAAUACAUAACUCUUAAUUUUUGCGAAUUAUGUCAUGUCCAUAUUAUUAUUUCCUCUUUGAAUCCCGCGGUGCGUCACGGGUCGUGCCGAUCACUGCUGAUAACUCACACAGACGAGAAGCCUUUCAGGUGUAAACACUGUGCCUACAUGUGUAAAGGACUCACCUGAAGAGAAGCCUUUCAUGUGUAGUGUAGCCACAGUAGCUACAAGUGUAGAAGGAAAUUUGGCUUACUGACUCACCUGUCGACUCACACUGGUGAAAAACCUUUCAAGUGCAAGUACUGUGACCACAGGAACCGUUGUGAAUUCUAUUCGUCGUGUUCCUAUUAAUAUGUGACGCGUAUUACAUUAAAUAUUCUUUAACUGCAUUUCAAUCUGAUAAAUUUUACUUUAUUUUGUUUUCAUCUUUUGAACUCGGAUACCUCAGUUACUCGUGGCGCUAAUGUAAUGAACGAAGUGGUCCGAAACUUAGGAUCUGUUUUAAGGUUCCCAAUUUCAUUUACGCUUUUUUCUCUCUUUUU